CCUCUUCCUUUGCCAUUUUCUUCCUUCCCCACUAGCCCAUUCACACCCCAACCCCCUACAAAUCCCAUCACCCCCACAGAGGCGGAUGUCCGUGACGGAGGGCGGGAUCAAAUACAGCGAGAUUUAUGAGAAUGGACGCCCCAAGCUAGGUGGACUGAUGGAUCCUCGGCAAGGCUGCUUGGACCGACACACCCGUUGUACUACUUGCGCAGGUAACAUGGCUGAUUGUCCAGGGCAUUUUGGGCACCUGGAUCUGGCCAAGCCCAUCUUCCACAUCGGGUUCCUGACCAAGACCAUGAAGGUGUUGAGAUGUGUCUGCUUCUACUGUAGCAAGCUGAAGAUGAAUGCGCAACAUCCCAAAAUAAGAGAAAUCGUCACCAAGUCAAAGGGACAGCCGAGAAAGCGACUCAAUCACGUCUACAACCUGUGCAAGCCGCGUAUGAUCUGUGAGGGGGGGGACGAGGUGGAGCUGCCCCCUAAUGCCCUGCCCCACCCCGACCAGGACGACCCCCACCACCCCCAACGGAACAGUGGUGGGGGUGGCGGUGGUAGUGGUGCGGGUGGCGGCAAGAAGAGUAGUGGGCAUGGCGGCUGUGGAAGGUACCAGCCGAACAUCAAACGCGUGGGGCUGGAACUGGUGGCCGAGUGGAAGCACCUUAACGAAGACACCCAGGAGCGGAAAGUGACACUAUCCGCCGAGCGCGUCCAUGAGAUCCUUCGGCAUAUCUCAGAUGAGGAGUGCUAUCUACUCGGGAUGGACCCCAGAUACGCCAGGCCAGAUUGGAUGAUUCUCACAGUCCUACCCGUUCCCCCGCUGCCGGUCCGCCCUGCUGUGGUCAUGUACGGCUCCGCGCGUAACCAGGACGACUUGACCCACAAACUCGGCGACAUCAUCAAAGCCAACAACGAGCUGAUCCGCAACGAGCAGGGAGGAGCUGCAGCACACAUCAUACAGGAGAACAUCAAGAGUUUACAGUUCCACGUCGCUACCCUGAUUGACAAUGACAUUCCCGGCCUACCGAGAGCACUGCAGAAAUCCGGGCGACCUCUCAAGGCCAUCAAGUCGAGGCUGAAGGGGAAGGAAGGGCGGAUCAGAGGCAACUUGAUGGGGAAGCGAGUGGAUUUCUCUGCCCGAACGGUGAUUACAGCUGACCCGAACUUGAGGAUUGAUCAGGUUGGGAUUCCGAGGUCCAUAGCGCAGAAUCUGACGUACCCUGAGAUUGUGACGCCGUUUAAUAUGACCAAGAUGAUGGAGCUGGUUCGGCGAGGCAACAGCCAGUACCCAGGCGCCAAGUACAUCAUGAGAGACAAUGGGGCACGCAUUGACCUACGCUACCACCCCAAGCCCUCUGACCUUCAUCUACAGUGCGGAUACAAGGUGGAGCGACACAUCACGGACGGGGAUUUGAUCAUCUUCAACAGGCAGCCGACCCUUCACAAGAUGUCCAUGAUGGGGCACAAGGUGAAGGUUCUGCCGUGGUCCACUUUCCGCAUGAACCUGUCUGUCACCUCACCAUACAACGCAGACUUUGAUGGGGACGAGAUGAACCUACACGUGCCUCAGAGCAUGGGGACGAGGGCCGAGAUAGAGCACCUUCACCUGACGCCGCGCAUGGUUGUCACGCCCCAGAGCAACAGGCCCGUCAUGGGGAUUGUACAGGACACGCUCACCGCCGUCCGGAAGAUGACCAAACGUGAUGCUUUCCUGGAGAAGGCCGAAAUGAUGAACCUGCUCAUGUUCCUCCCCACGUGGGAUGGAAGGAUGCCCACACCUGCCAUCAUUAAGCCCAAGCCUCUGUGGACAG